AUGGCAGCCAAUCACCCAAUUAUCGAUACGCGGAUGAUUGAAGCGGAGGUAAAUGCUCCCCCAAUCAUCACCAAAAAUUCUGACUCUGCCUAUGAAGGCUCACUUGGCGAUGCCAGCUACACCGCGUCAGUUACGUCCAGUAUUAUGAACUACAAAUAUGAGAAUGGGAGAAGAUACCAUGCGUUUAAAGAAGGAGAAUAUAUUCUGCCAAAUGAUGAGCAAGAACAAGACCGCAUGGAUUUGAACCACCACAUAUACCGAACGCUUUUGGACGGCGCCCUUUACCUAGCCCCAGUACCUGAAAGUGUGCGGCGGGUUCUUGACUUAGGGACUGGCACAGGUAUAUGGGCAAUCGAUUUUGCAGAUGAUCACCCAGGCACAGAAGUUGUCGGGAAUGACUUGAGUCCUAUCCAACCAUCAUGGGUCCCGCCAAACUGCAAGUUCGAAGUAGACGAUUUCGAAUCUACUUGGUCGUAUGCGCAACCGUUCGACUUCAUCCAUGCUCGUGAGAUGGAAGGUAUGGUCAAGGACUAUGACAAGCUAUUCCAGCAGGCUUACAAACAUCUCAAUCCACAAGGCUGGAUGGAAAUUCAGUCAAUCGAGCUGGACUUUUUCGGCGAUGAGACCAUCGUGAAAGCGAAGGAGUUUCGUCGUUGGCGAGAGCUGGUGAUUGAAGCAUCGGAAAAAUUUGGAAAGCCUAUGACUCAAGUGUCUACAUGGGCCGAUCGGAUGAAGAAAGUCGGGUUCAAGAAUGUUAAGGCGGAGCAUCGUAUCUUACCUUUCAGUCCCUGGCCCAAAAACGAGAAGCUCAAGGAGCUUGGUCGAUACCAUCAGCUACAAAUGUUCCAGGCGCUCGGCGCAUACUCGUCCGCCCCUCUAAUUCGCAUAUUGGGGUGGAAGCCAUCAGAAGUUGAAAUCCUGCUAGCGGCCGUCCGAAGGGAUCUGAAAGAUCGUAGCAUCCAUAUCUAUACGAAGGUGCAUUUUAUAUAUGGUCAGAAAGUUGUGGAUUAA